UUUACGGCUGUCAUGCCUCACGGAUCCGCAAGCAUGGAGGCAGAGGAAUCGGAACAGGAAGCCGCGGAGCAGGAGCUUCUGGAAGGGAGAGACCAGAAACCAGAGGCGGAGGAGGAGCAGGAGGAAUCCGAAGAGGCAGCCUGCGGCGGCAAGAAGCGGGUGGUGCCGGGUAUUGUGUACCUGGGCCACAUCCCGCCCCGCUUUCGGCCUCUGCACGUACGGAACCUUCUCAGCGCCUAUGGCGAGGUCGGGCGCGUUUUUUUCCAGCCUGAGGAUGGGUUCGUGAGGCGCAAGAAGAAGGCAGCGGCAGCUUCGACCACGGGAGGAAAAAAGCGGUCCAAGUACAGCAAGGACUACACCGAGGGCUGGGUGGAGUUCCGGGACAAGCGAGUAGCCAAGCGAGUGGCGGCCAGUCUGCACAACACGCCUAUGGGCGCCCGCAGGCGCAGCCCCUUCCGCUACGACCUGUGGAACCUCAAGUACCUGCACCGUUUCACCUGGUCCCAUCUCAGCGAGCAUCUUGCCUUUGAGCGUCAGGUGCGCAGGCAACGCCUGAGGGCCGAGGUUGCCCAGGCCAAGCGUGAGACUGACUUCUAUCUUCAAAGUGUGGAGCGGGGACAGCGCUUCCUUGCCGCUGAUGGGGACUCUGCCCGCCCGGAUAGCACUUGGGCCUUUGCCCAGCGUCCUACUGAGCAGGAGCUGAGGGCCCGGAAGGCAGCUCGGCCAGGGGGACGUGAACGGGCUCGCCUGGCUAACGUGCAGGACCAGGCCCGCUCCAACCGAGGGCUCCUUGCUAGGAUCUUUGGAGCCCCACCACCCUCAGAGAGCAUGGAGGAACCCUCUCUGGUCAAGGACUCUUGAGGAGGAGAGAGGCCCCUUCCACCUCCUAGCCCAGCCCUGCUUCCUGAUACUGACUCUCCCGACAGACAUUUUCUUGUAUUUCUCAGACCAGGAGUCUCUGAUGAGAGCCCAGACAUAGAAGUGUAGGCCUCUCCAUCUGGCUCCAACUCUUGUACAUGUCUGGCUGAAGAGCCUAAUUCAUACUUAUGACUACUGCAGAUGCCUGUUUUGUCUUGUUUGAUUCUUGCCUACCUGCCUCCUGCCUAGGGAGCCCCUGUAAAAAUCCUUCCUGCCUCCAGAAAGAGCGUCUACUUCAAGCUAGGGUGAUAAUGGCUGAUCUUGGCAGCUGUUUACUAACCACAGGUAAAGGCAGCAGCAACAUCCUUUUUGUUUAGAAAAGAUUAACAGAGACUGGGGAAAUGGGGUAGGACUGGAUUGGGAGCCACCUUCCAAAUGUAUUUAUAGAAAAGAAAAACAUGUAUUUUUUUUAUAUGCCUUUGGUAGUUUAUGGGGGAGUGGUCAUUGGAUAAGUUCCAGCUUCCAUUUCCUUGUGUCCCAUUGACUCACCUUUGUUCUAUCUCCUGGUCUCAGAGCUCCCUCAUUCAACCUGGACCCUUUUCUAUCUAUCUAAUUAAUUUCUUAGCCCAUUUUAUCAAUCAGUUAUCUAAUUAAGCAUUUACUAAGUUACUAAAUGGGGACAUAUAGUCUUAUAGACUACUAGAAAGAGGCAGAUAUUUAUAAAUGUGUAGAAAAAUAAAUGUAUAGAAAUAAAUGUACAGGCAUCACGGUAGAUGUGUAUUAGGGGUAGAGUGGGAGCCAUGGGAGAGCAUGGUUGACUCUGUCUGGGAAGGUAAGCAGUGCCCUCCGUGUGGACCUGAUUGCUGCCCAGUCUUCAGAGGUGGGUCACUUUUCACCCAGUUUUCCAGAUCAUUCCUGAAAAGCAAACAGAAGUCUGAAAGAGCCUAUUGUGUUCCUGUAAUUGGAAACAAAGCUCCAUGGAUGGAGUGUUGGGUUCAAACCAUUGUAAAGGUGGGCAGAACCUUGGCGGUAGUUGGGUUCAAAUGGUUCCUCUCAGGUGCACUUCUGCGUGUUGGGGCUUAGACAAGGGAAGGUUCACAAACAACAUGCAGAGCAGCCCUGGAGGCUACAGUGAGUGAGUGUGAGCCACUCAGGAACUGAAAACUGAGGUCACAAUAAACUAAGAAAUCUAUACACAGCCUUGUAUAGAUUAAAACUGAUCCGUGUCUAGGCUGUUAAACUUAACAGGAAGUGGUAGAGUGAUAAUAAUAAUUUGAUUUUGCUUGUGCUGUUUAUUUUUUUUUUCAUUGUCAUCAAUAUAAGUAUCCAUGUGUUCUUUGGGUGAAGUGGGUUCAUCCACUUGUUUGGCUCUAAAAUAACCUACCCAUAUUAAGAUCUUAAUUUGAUAGGUACAUUUUAUUUGGGAGCAUAAAAAUGACCAUACGUUAAAAAAUUACUGUCUACUUGGUGUAACAUUUCUCUCUCCUACCCAGCACACAAACACAUCUCCUGUGUAGUGUUGUACUCUCAUUUUAGAAACUUGAUAUCCUUGUUUCUGUGUUCAUUUCUUGUGAGUUUGUUUCAUGUGGAUUGUUUCCUCAGGUCAUGAUGUCUUCCAAGAUUACCAGGAAAAUCCAGUGUCAGAAUUUCACAAGCUGUUGUAUUCAUUUAUUCAAAACUCUGAGUGCCCAUUGCUGUUGUUGCUAGAUAAAGAGAAUAUAAGAUGAAGAAGAAACUUAUCUUCCGCUCAAGUUGCUAACAGCUUAGAAAGUAAAACACAUAUAGGGCUUAAUAAUUUCUUGAAAGAAUGAAAUUAUGUUCCCAGACUGGUUGACAUUAGGUAUCAGUAUAUUCAAGGUGAGCAUCUCAGGUUCCAGUUCAAAUAGUUCUGCACAAAGAGCUCACACCUGCAGCCAGGUAAGCUGGGUAAAUCACAGGUGGAGUGAGGAAUGAAAAUAAGAAUGAGUAGAAUAAAAUUUCCCAGAAACUGUCAUCUUGAUUCCCUCUAGACUUAACUCCUUUGAGGGCUGGAAAAUACAUUUUUUACACUUAUAAUUUUGUUCCCACUUAAACAGCACUCAGUUUUUUUAUAUGAAUUACUUCAUAUACAAUCAUAAGUACUGUAUUAUCCCCGCAUUUCCACCAUUAAAGACAGGCUCAGAUAGGACACAAUUUGCCACUUAGUAUUUUUUAUUCCCAGCAUCUUUCCUGGAUGCUUUCCCAGUGUGCAUAUGAUAAAUGAUUGUUGGAUGAAUCUCAGGGGACAUGGGCUUGUAAAGAGUGAAGAGUAGCUGUAAAAAUGAAUGGAUUUAUUUUAUCUAAUACCCAGAGUUGCUAACUGGAUAAUUUAACUCCCAACUAUCUCGUAUACAAUUAGACUCAAUUAUGAACCUGUUGUUAUAAUUAAUACUGUGAAUCAACUUAGUUCCACUCACAACUGAGAAACUGGGACUAUGCAUUUGUUGGAAAUAGACUAAAUCAGUAAAAAGAGGAAGGGCAGUUAAAAAGAGUACGACGGCUUUAAUAUGGGGUGUCUGAGUCAGUGAUAUUAUUCCUAAAAAUGUUCUAAAGUCACAAUUAGCGUACUCUUCCUCAAUUUACUUUUCCAUGAUUUCUCAUAUCUCUGGAAAUUGUCUUGCUGUUAUUACAGUAGAGUUGGGAAGGGAAAGACUCUUUGUGUAAGCCUCAGUGCCCAGUUCCUCCAAUAGAGUUAAUGUUUUAGCAAGUUGUUUGAGGUCCAGUAUUAGAUUUGCUGCCCGUUUUGAGGGAGUCCUGUGUCCAACUCCCAGCCGAAGAGGCAGUUCCUCUUUGGUCAGUUACAUCUGCUAUCCCCACGCCCACACAAAACUGCAUCUGAGAUGCUGAGUAAUAACUCAGCCAGAGGAAUGGAAUGGAAAGAAAUGGUUAAAUCGUGUGCUUUUCUAGUCUCUAAUUUUUUACAAUACAAAAACGUCCUAAAUAGCUUCGACACUUGAAGCAAGCUCCUGUGAAGAUUAAUGUAAAGUGUUCCCCUGUCAGCCUCCCUCUUAGGCGUGAAGACAGGAGGAUGCGGAAGAAUUUAGAGCCCUGAGCAGGUAAGGACACCAACCAGUCUUGUCCGGGAGCCUUUCCUACAGGAUUGAGGAGGGCGGGGCUGGGAUUAGCGUGAGCACCACCCAGAAAGGGUAAAAAGGGUGGGAGAGACAGAAAGAUGUAUUUGAGAAGGCUGUCUUCUAACAGGCAAAGAGCAGCUUCAAUGGAUUGAGGCUUCCCGGGAGCUCAGUGUGAAUGAGGGUGAGGGCGAGGCCGCUGCGUUCCAGGACUGGCCCUAAAGUGCCUGAGAAAUACCUGAACUCCACGCCAGUUUCCACCCACUCGCCUCCCUCGAGGGACUACUGUGGCUUUACACAAACCACGGUACUCCAGGUCUGAAACCUGAGCCUGCCCCUCGGCCUCGCUCUGGCUUGGAAUUUCAAAAGGAUUGUGUGAUUCUGUCUGUUUUAAACUCAAUCCGUUUAGGAAUAAAUAAUUCCAUCAUAAAGGCUCUUAGCCAGGGAAAACUAUUCCAGAACAGUUUGCGAAAACACGUUUCUUGGAGUAAAUGAAAAAAUGUGUACCCUGGGAUAUUUUCUAUUCAUAUAGAAAUAGGAAGGUAGAUAGUAGAGUUGUAAUACGCUUUUUGGUGAGCACAGUAGUACAAUUUCAUGCUCCAUAAUCUUUUUAACCACCAUAUAUAAUUGUAUGAUUGUAACAAAGUUUUAGCCAUUUGCUAACCUGUGUAUUUAGGUUGCCUCCAGUUAUUUACUAUCAUAGAAAUGCUGUGAUGAACAUAUUUGUACUUAUAUUGAUGUGUAUGGUAUGAGUAUGUCUGCAAGAUAGAAUUAAGGAAAAUGAAAAUUACAGGCUAACCACUUUGAUGUUAGAUGCAAAACUACUAAGCAAAAUAUUAGCAAACUGAAUCCAGAAAAAUAUAGAAGAGAUAACAUAAUAUGAGCAAGUUGGGUUUAUUUCAGAAGUUCAAAGUUGGCUUAACACUUGAAAAUUGAUAUGUUUAAUCAUAUCAAUAGAACAAAGGGAAAUCAUAUAAUAAUCUCCAUAUUUGCAGAAAAAAUCACGAUAAUAUUCAACAUCCAUUCACUGUGCUGCAGGUUGAUUUUUGCCAUAAAUUUGAUUCUAUUUUGCUCCAUUAGUUCUAUUUGUCUGUCUUUGCCCCAAUACUGCAAUGUCUUAUUAUUAUGACUUUAUGAUGGAUCUGGACGUAUGGAAAUAGAAGUCCAGUUGUUACUUCUUCAGAUUGAUUUGGUUAUCUUUGUCCCUUUGUAUUUUCUUAGAAUCAAUUUUCAGUUUACACAAUCUUGCUAUAGUUUUGAUUGGGAUUAUAUUUAC